UAACUAAAACGCUGCGUUUUACUCGGCUGGGACUAUUAUUACCCUGUAGAUAAUAAAAAGCGCGAAACUUCAAAACAGGAACCGUUAGUGAGAGAUUGGGAAAUGGAGGAUUCGGGAGCGAUCCUGUGCCAAAUCUCAUCCUUGAAGGACAUGCUUGACCAGGUGAACGAAGAAAUUGAAGCGAAUAUUCAGAUAACGCGGGAGAUCGAGUCGGAGAUCGUGAAAUGCUCGGAAUUCGAGAGCGCUCUGGCUGCGAAAGAAUCCGAUCUCACCAAGACGCUCUACGUUUCUCAGUUUGAGCUCAUCGGACUGGUCACCGUCACCAAUGAUUUAAGAAGCUCUGUAGAAAAUUUGGGGAAGGAAUUAGAUGGAAUGAGAUUGAAGCGGGACCAGACUCUUGAGAGAAUCCACGGAAAUCGGGAAAGGUUUAUGGCAUUGUGCAUGGAAUUCCAGAAGGACAUUGAUAAGGGUAGUGAGAAUGUACUAAGGGCUCUGCUGUCAGAGAAAGAGUACCUUCAAAAUGAAAUGCUUAUGUUGGAUGAGAAGAACAAUGCUUUGAAGAACUCAAUGAUGGCGUUUGUUGAGGGGAUUCUUGAAGAUCUCAACAGUGGAAACUCUGCUUUACAGGUUGAAAUACAGAAGGCUAAUCAGGAGAACCAGAAAUUGCUGGAGGAUAUUGAUAACAUGAAAACUUCAUUGCUGUCAAAUUUUGCAUUUGAUGAUAUCAGUGGAGCAGGAUCGUGGACUUUACAGUAAGUUGAAGGGUGUGAGGUGUCCCUCCGGCCGUUUCUUCCAAAAAUGAGAAGGUACCAACAAAUUAAUUGGUAGGCCUAGCUCUUACUGUUUAAAGCUUUCCUUCAUAAAUUUUUUCUGGUAUCAGGCUUUUUCAGUCAUGCAUGCAGCAUUUGCUAUGUAAGUACAGUUGGCCGGCUUGGAUUAUUGGCACUUGAAAGAAAGCUGGUCAAAUUUUUGACUACCUGCAGCAUUGAAUUUGGGUGUGUACUGUGCACGUCAAAAUUUUCUCUUUCAUGAAACAGAUUUUGAGUGGCAUUAAGCAUUAGAUUUUCUUCAUCAAAAGUUAGAAGCUUGUUUCUUAGGGGUUGUACCAAGGUUCUGAUUUCUGGUUCUGGGUAGGGGUCCAACUCCGGCCCUUCUGGACCAGGCAAGUAAAAACCUGUCCUUGUUUUGUCAUUUUCAAAAUUAGAUAAAGUAGGGGGUCCAGCGUCAGCAGUUUUCGGAAAACCUUACCUACGUGCUCAUGCACAUUUUGAACAGUCAAAACUUAUAAUGCACGUGUUAGAUUAGCUGAUUAGUCAUUGUUUACGGUGUGUUCUCACACAAUGAGCUAAUCUAACGACUCCCAACUCUUACUCCAACUCCGGAGUUUGAAGACUCCGAAGCACUAGAGAACAUUGCCAUAAUGCGAUCUGAGUUUCUCUGUUCUUUCUUAUUUUCCAUUUGUAAGCUAACUAGCACAGACAGGCAGGUACAGAGACCAUUGUAGAGACGUAGAGGACUAAUAGUAUCAUACACUAAAAUGGAAAUUACUAAGAAGCUCCCAUAUGGAAAAGAGGACACAUACAGAAGUCGAGCUGUAGAGGGCGAUAUUUCAACCCCAAAACAAAAAAUGUGGUUAAAAAUCUUCUGAUGAAACUAGUUUGUCUUCCUUGUCAAGGACAAUGACCAUGUCCCUUAGGUGAAAUAUCACGUGCGCCCCUGGCCCAGAAUGUACCAUACAGCUAUCUCUUAUGCCAUUUGAUAAUUGUUAUUAUCUUUGGUCCAAGUCUUUUCAAAUCAUGCACACCGUAUAAACUCCAUCCAAGCUUCCAUGCUUGAAUGCCAAGUGCUCGACAUCGUCGAUUAAGAACUCGUAUUGUUGUUAUGGUUUUGGUAGUUAAACAAAGUUUUCGAGAGCUUAUCUUCUUCUACCUUUUAUGGUCAAUAAACUUUAUUGCCAUCGACAGUUUUGACACCCUACCUAAAGGUGAUUGUAGUUCCAGCUUAUCCUAUAGAACUACUCCCUUUCCUUUGUUGGCCCCAGUUCAUUAGUUGAACUGAACUGAACCAUAAUUCAUUUCGUCCCCGCUUCAUUUUCUUCGUUUUGUUUUUUUAUUGGGGAAGGGGAAUUUUGGAUGUGAAAGAGUAGGGGCCAAAGUGUAUAUGACGAUUGAGCAGUGACUAGUGAGGUUAUAGGGGCAUUAACUACGUGUUCAUUAUUCCCUUGAUGAUGAUGCUUCAUGUAUAGUUUCUUUGGGGCCCAAUUGAGGCUGGCUGGAUCGCACCCUAUCUUUCCUAUAAGAACACAGUUUCUUCCUGCUCUUUUUCGCUCAUGCUAUUUAAUCAAAGCGAACCUAACACCCCAUAGCCAAAAAUGGUGCUUACAGAAGGGUGAUUACACCCAGAAGAAAGAGAGAGAGAGAGAGAGCCAGAUUAUCCAAGUAGCUAGGAGAUGAAGAUGGAAACCAAUACAGGUGGUGAAGCCUCGAAGAAAAGGUCGUGUAAAGGACUCUGCGGUUUUCUUAAAGAAGGAAAAGGAAGGCUGUAUAUCUUGAGAAGAUGUAUUGUUAUGCUUCUAUGCUGGCAUGAUUAAG